UGAUUUUAGGUUAUGUUUUAUUUCUAAUUUUCCAAAAUACUAAUAAGAAAUCUGAGUGUACUAAUAGAAUUCAACUAUUUGUGUAUUUUAGUUCUGUAGCCUGGAUUUAUUCACCCAAUAUAAGAUGAAAACAGUAUUUAAUUGUUAAGAAAAUAUGUAAAAUGUCGAAAAUUGAUAUUUUUAAAUAUUUUUUAAUGGAUAUCAUAUCUGGAAUAUAUAAAUAUGUAGGCACCACUUGUUAGUAUGAAAGUCACUGAUGCUCUCAAGGUGUUGAAAACAAAUUUUCUUAUUUUUCAAUAAAUGCGUUUUCUCAAUAGUAAAAUCUUAAAAUGAGUGUAGGAUCAUUUUUUCGUAGCAAAUUCACAAAACUUAUGCUCAGCCUUGCUCUGCUAUUUGUUGUUGCGCUUUUAUAUAAAAGCUGGAUCCAUACUGAGACUAUGAUCGAUUAUCCUAGUGGAUAUGCACAUGCGGAAACUUUCAAAUCAGAUGACUUCAUAGAUGAUGUAGAGUCUCUCUCCAAACCGGAGAAGACAAAUCGUCUGAAGAAGAAGUCGCUUGUCGAAGUUGGUGGUCUUGAAGAGGCUAAGGAACGAAUUCGUCAGCUGGAAGCAAAACUGAGAUCGUUGGAUGCUAGGAUACCUAGAGCUUUUCCUGAUGUCAGAUAUCUCAGCUACCGUGCAAAGAAGAGAAUUUUGGUGACUGGAGGAGCGGGCUUUGUGGGCUCACACCUGGUGGACACGCUGAUGCGCGCCGGACAUGAAGUGAUUGUUGUGGACAACUUCUUCACCGGUAGGAAGCAGAACGUGGAGCAUUGGACAGGUCACGAGAACUUCGAACUCAUUCAUCAAGACAUCGUCAACCCGAUAUUCAUCGAGGUGGACGAAAUCUACCACCUGGCCUCUCCUGCAUCUCCGCCCCACUACAUGUACAAUCCUGUCAAGACUAUCAAGACCAACACCAUAGGCACCAUCAACAUACUGGGUUUAGCUAAAAGAGUCGGUGCAAAAGUACUCAUUGCCAGCACAUCUGAGGUCUACGGCGAUCCCGAGGUCCAUCCUCAGCCAGAAACAUAUUGGGGUCAUGUAAAUCCAAUAGGACCACGAGCUUGCUACGAUGAAGGCAAACGUAUUGCUGAGACUCUGAGCUACGCUUAUGCAAAGCAUGACAAGGUGGUAGUGAGAGUAGCCAGAAUAUUCAACACCUACGGCCCAAGAAUGCAUAUGGAUGAUGGAAGAGUUGUUUCCAACUUCAUCCUACAAGCUCUACGCAACGAAACGAUAACUGUUUAUGGUCAUGGAAAACAGACACGCUCAUUCCAGUAUGUGUCUGAUCUGGUAGAUGGAUUGAUUGCUUUGAUGAACUCGAAUUAUACUCAGCCUAUAAACAUAGGAAAUCCAAUCGAGCAUUCUAUAGAAGAAUUCGCCUUCAUUAUAAAGAAAUUGGUGGGUGGAUCGAAUCCAAUAAAGAGAACAAAAGCAGUUGAAGAUGAUCCACAAAGGAGGAAGCCUGAUAUAACAAGGGCCAAGUUACAUUUAAAUUGGGAACCCAAGGUCUCACUACAAGUUGGUCUGCAGAGAACAAUUGCCUACUUCAGACAGGAACUGCAACACUCAGUUGGGGGCAUAGUUAAAGGCAGAUCUAUAGGAAACAGAAAAGAAGAUCUAAACCCCGGUUAAUGCUUGGCUUCUUAUUUUCCGGGACAAGAUAAUUCAAUAAUCUAUGCUAGGUGUGGUUAGAGUCAAUUACAUAUCCACUCUUAGCAUUGACUUGCUUCUAAAGCAUCUAUCGUACACGCUGAAAUACUUUUACUUUGUUGUUGAAUUUUUUGUACUACCUUGAGACUGAUAGACUAGCUUCAAAUUUAUUAAUGAACUAUGACUUGACUGCUCUGCUACUUUCUAAGUUUACCGAUUAUUGUUUCAAAUGUGUUAUUACUUACUUUAAUACGUUAAUACUGUGCAAAUGUUUAUCACUCUUGCCAUUUUUAAUUUAAUGUGAUUCAUCGAAAAAAGCUACAAGUAGCAUUGAUGAAUUUCUUAUGAAUGUCUUGUAAUCUAUGAUUUUUCGAUGUGUGAAUGGGAAUAGAAUAACUUGACCACUGCUAAAAACAUCAAUUUGAAUAUUUAGUGUGAUGCUACAUUGAACAAAACAAUUCUUAUACUAUAGUCUGAAUACAAAAUAUGUUAUUAAUUGAAAUAUAUGCAGUCUGUCCACUGUAUUUGAUCAGAACUAUGUGGUCGAGUAAUAGGUUGUACGUUUGUUGAAUAUUUUUCGGAUUGUCAAUUUGAAGAUUGGUACCCAGUUUGUAUAAUAAAUAAUAUUUAACACAUUAACCAUCUAUCCUGUAAAUGAAACUGGUAGAAUUCCUCCAACAUAACUGUAUAACAUUUUGUUAAAUUGCAUUUUGAACAAAAUCCAAAUAGUGGCGGUGAAGGCAAGUGAAUUAAUUCCUAUGUUGGGCUGAAAAUGUCACUGAAAUCAAUAACUUGCAAGAUUGAAGAAAUAUAUGGAAGUAAUAAACCGGUAUAACUUGAAAUUGAAGAUUUUCCACAUUGAGCUGAAUAAAUUGCAUCCUAGUUAUUAAUUUGAUUGAAAAAUUGAACAUAUACCUAUACUGUCCAGUUUAAGUUUAAGGGUACGUAUCACCUUUUUUCGAUUUGUAAAAUAAAAUUGAUUAUUCAGUCAUUGAUUGGGGCACGGGAAGAAAUGUUCAAAAAUAUGAAUUUCUCGAUAAAUUCUAUGAUAUACAUUUACUUUUCUGGUGAAUAUUAUUUCAAGCUUCGUUUCUCUGUUGAAAUAAAUAUGAAAUAUGUAUAAUUCUUAUUUAUUUAGCAUUCGAUGAAGAUAUUUAAUUCUGUAUUCUUGUUUGUUUGUCCAAUAUAUGUUUACGCUGAAUUGUUCUGGAGUGAUGGAUUGAUGUACGGAAGUUUGUCAUUGAGCUCAAUACAGAGUUACAUUAUUUUAUCAGUUUGCUUACAAGCAAGCUUUUUUUAUUAAAGUGGCAAACUUCUGGAAUAAAACGGAACUUUGUAACCUGAUUUCAAAAAUCUCAGUCCACCCUUGUCGUUGGCGCCACAACUGAAUAUAGAGAAACAACCACUUUUGAAUCAUUCGUUAAAAAAACUUGAACAUCAUAAUGAAGUUGAUUAUUACUACAAUAGUAAAUAAUAUUAUUAUGUAUUACUUAUGAUAAAUAUUAUAUUUUGUCUAUCUGUUUAAAUAAAUUUGAAAUAGAGUUUCCAUUUUUUAAGGAAUUCAAUAUUCUGUCUUAUUGUUUCUGUUUAUCUAAUAUAAAUAGAAUUUUGAGUUUCAAGUGUUAUCGAUGGAUUUUCUACUUUUACUUGUAGACUAAUAAAUAUUUGAAUAAAAUUUUGGUUCUACUUGAAA